CACGCAGACCCAUCCACACCUGCCUGAGUCUUGCCCUGGUACCAGCCAUCCCGAGUCGCUCUGCUCGGAUUACGGAUAUUAUUGUCCCUUUCCUUCUUGUCCUUUUCUCAAGGAUGCUGCCGUGAUUGAUUGUCGUCCGUUUUCAGUUGUCCAUCCUCGCCGCUCAAAUAGUGCCUCCUCACCUUUCCACCUAUUCGUGCAAGUGACGUCUGUUUUGCCUCGCCCGACACGUCAAGGACGACCGCGGAACACACCAAUUCUAUUAUCCCCAGCAUGCCCUCGCCCGACCUCUCUCAGCCUGGACAGCUCCCAAUUGACGCUCCGGCAGACCAAGGACAGAUUGGCUCAGGGAUGUCUAACAUAAGCGGGGAUUAUGGCGCCGUCGCGUCCGAGACUUCCUCGGGACAAGGUUCGGGCGGAUCUGAUGCGAUUGCCGAGGGAAAGCAGAAUGCGAAGGCUGUUCUCGCCGCAUCAGGGGUGUCUCUAGGCUCUACCGAAUUCGCUCAUGACGCGUCGAAUGGCAAUCCGUCGCCAUCGUCUCAGGCGAACAGUGCCAAUGGAUCCGCUUCGAGCAAGAAACGAUCCCGGGAUGGCUCUGUUAUAAACUCCUCCCAAUCGACAGAAAGCCUUCCCGUACGUGUACGUGAGACACCUGCCGACAAGAUUCUUCUUGAAGACUAUGUCAACCGGGAAUUCCACCAUUCUGCUUUGACAGCAUGGCAAAAUCCCAGCCAGGAGCUUUUGCAUCAGAAACGCGCUGAGCGCGAUUAUUUCUUGGCCGUACGGCGCGAGAACCACAUGAACCCAGCAGCUCUGUAUGGUGUUGGCUACGAAGGCUUCGGCAAUCAGCGUACCGACUUGCGGAAUCAACAUCCCCAGUUAUUAUAUCCCGCAAAUCGACGUCGUCCCGGGAACCGGCGGACGAGGGAACUCCGAAUCUCCCGCAAGGAUUUAAAGACGCAGAAUGAACAGAUUGAAGAUUUAGUGCCAAUCCGCUUGGAUAUUGACUGGGAAAAGAUCAAAAUCCGCGAUACUUUCACGUGGAAUCUUCAUGAUCGCGUGGUAUCGCCUGACUUGUUCGCAGAGAAGCUCGUGGAGGAUCUACAGAUCCCUCCCGAGUCGUGUGCACCGCUGAUACGGAUGAUCUCUUCAAGUAUCCAAGAGCAACUUUGCGAUUAUUAUCCUCAAAUCUUCAUGGAAGAAGAGCCGCUGGAUCCUCACCUCCCCUACAGCGCCUACAAGAAUGAUGAGAUGCGCAUUCUAGUGAAAUUGAACAUCACGAUUGGCCAACAUACUCUGAUUGACCAGUUUGAAUGGGAUAUAAAUGAUCCUCACAACUCUCCCGAGGAGUUUGCUGAGCGUAUGACCGACGACUUGUCUCUUUCCGGCGAAUUUACGACUGCGAUUGCUCACUCGAUUCGCGAACAAUCACAACUUUUCACCAAAUCCCUCUAUAUCCUCUCCCACCCCUUCGAUGGCCGUCCGAUCGAUGAUCCUGACCUGAAGACCGCAUUCCUCCCUACCCCUCUAACCUCUUCCUUCCGACCUUUCCAGGCGGCAAAGGAGUUCACUCCCUACCUGUACGAAUUGAACGAAACGGAGCUCGAGCGGACUGAGGUGUCGAUAUCGCGAGAUCAACGCCGACAGAAGCGGUCUGUUAACCGUCGUGGUGGUCCCGCACUGCCUGACCUCAAGGAUCGUCAACGCACUAUCCGGACCAUGCUCGUCUCGACAGUCAUACCCAACUGCGCAGCGUCCCUGGAGGAUAGCAAUGUCUACAAGCGGUCGGGCUCGAGCCGUUCCAGGCGCGCCGCCGUCGGCUUGCGGGAUACCGGAGAGGAGUCAGAGGAGUCUGACAGCGACGAAUCGUCAAUCACCGGCUCACCUGCUAUCGGGCCUCACCUAGCUCAAGGAACGGCGCGUACACGGGGCAUGAGAGGAGCUGCCAGCGCGGCACAUGCGGCACUUCGAGCAAGUCUGGGCCAGUCUGCCACGCCCGAGCCACAUAACGAGGCAAGAGCUGCGAGUCGCAGGCGCGAGAUUCGCGAGGAGAGCGUUGUUGAAGAGCCGGAUAAGCUGCUUGUCAAGCUCAAGAUCUCCAAGGAGAAGUUCCGGCAAUUCCUCGCGCAUGGCUUGCAGUCAAUACAAGGCCUUGCGACCCCGGCAGCGCAACCAGCCUCGCAGCAGAGCACACCCCAAGUUCAGACUCCUACCCCGAACCCCAUGGCUCCGCCCGCCGCUCCCCAACCUGAAGCCCGUGUACCCAGCGUUCCUCCUCCCGGACAACGACCAGUUCCCGCUCAACAGAUCGGAGCCGUAGAUGCUCCUCAUCCCCCUCAGCCAGGAGUCCCCGGGCCCCCGCCUCCAAGUUGGCUUGCAGCGGGACUCGCACGCUUAAAACUCUCCUAUCCCAACGACUCUUUCGAGGGGGUCAUGCGCUACACCGCUGUUGACACGGAAACCAUGCUGCCGGUAGCGAACUCCAACAGUCAACCCGGCCACAAGCUGAAGUAUCAGUAUCUCCCUCGCAUUCGCUGCCACGACUGUCCGGGUAAGCUGUACACUCCAGGACCCGGCACAACAGUCGACAAUUUCGAAGUACAUCUCCGGAACCGCCAACACAAAGAACGGGUGGAAGAACGAGUUGCGAAAACAGCAGCCGUAGCCGCAGCUGGGGGCAACGCAGCAUAGUAAUUAAUGAUUGAAUGAUGGAGCAGGGGUUUUCUACUUUUCACUCAUUAACCCGCAUCGAUGUACACUUUACACUCUUCUUUUU